AACAACAUUCGGUUGCACUCGUCUAAGCGUUUGGUGAUUGCGUUCUCGUGUACAUGACGGAUGGCAGCUUGGUACGCUGCUUGUCACGUGCAGCAACAAAUAACAGUUCAAAGGAAAACUAGCUACUUAAGAAAAACAAGAAAAGAAAAGUGACUUCAUUGUUGAAUCAUCAGUGAUUUUUCUCAAUAGCCCUUUUUACUUCUUGCUUCAUAAUAUGUGGAAAUUGCUGUUUUUUCUGAUAAGCGCGGCCUCUGUCAAGAUGGCGUCAGGUCAAAGUGCCAUCGACGUCACGCAAGUCCACAAUCACAUCUACAACGUCAUCAGUCCCUAUGCGCGGCCCUCGACAAACCUUCCCUACCAACGACGGUCUACGUGUCCUUCUACCUCAUGUCCAUCAACGAGUUCAACACGCAGCACAGAAGCUGACCAGCACCGCCUGGCUGAUGGUCACGUGGCAUGACGACUACCUCACCUGGGACCCCAAGUCCUUUGGUGGCGUUGAAAGGAUCUUUGCGGAUCCAGCUCAGGUGUGGCGGCCUCGACUGGCCAUUCGAAACACGAUGAUGGACAUACGGCAGCUCGGCAAUGACUACGUGGUCUUGCAGGUGGAUCAUCACGGGAGGGUGACGUGGUACCCGGCCGAACGUUUCGAGACUUACUGCCAGGUCAUCGUGACCUACUUUCCACUAGACGUACAGACGUGCACGUGGGAUAUCGACAGCUGGGACGCAGACGGCGUUGACCUGCAGGCAAUAAAACUUGACAUUGACCACAGUUUCUAUGGAAACAACGGUGCGUGGGAGCUGGUGUCUUCAAACGUGAGUAAGGGCAACAACAAACUCGUCUUCCAGGUCACCCUCAAGCGGCGGCCGGGUCUCUUGAUCCUGAACCUCAUUCUUCCCGUCAUGCUGCUGGGUGUUGUCAACAUCUUCGUCUUUACCGUGCCGCCAGAGUCAGAGGAAAAGUUAUCAUUUGCUAUCACGACACUGCUGUCGUUCGGGGUGUUCUUAAGCUACAUCCUGGAUUUGCUGCCGUCGUCAGCGGAGACCAUGUCCACCAUGACCAUCGCCAUGAACGGCCAGUUCAUUCUAUCCUCCCUCUUUGUCCUUCUCACCAUCCUGGUCCUCCGCUUGCACCUCCGCGACGACAACAAGCACCCGGUGCCCAAGUCUCUUCAGUCCAUCAUCGUCAAAUUGGAGUUCAUUUUUCGUCUGGGGCCUCCUUCUACCAAAGUAGUGCCUGUGGUGGAGGUGUCGACCCUUCCUGGCCAGGAGGACGAGCAGACGACAACCAAGGAAGUAGAAAGGUUCAUGAAGAAGGCGGCUCGCAAAAUGGUCUUCGACAACCACGAGCUCAUGACAUGGAAACGGGUGAGCUGCUCCCUGGACAAAAUCCUCUUCAGGUUUUUCCUCUUAGCCGUUGCGAUUUCCUCCACCGCGGCGUGGAUCUACGUCUACCUCGGGUGAUGGGCAGAAUUUCUUGUAAGAAACACAUCACUUGAACUGUAGAACUCAUGAAAAUAUAUGUACUUAGCUUAGCUGCAUUCAUGUGAGCACUGAAACUGUACUUCACUAAAGCUAUACUUUAGACGAGUCGCAUUUGAGUUUUACUUCUAUCAUGUGUGUGUGUGUGUGGGCGCUCUAGUCUUUUUACGGGUGAGCUUAGUCCAGGCUGUGGACAAUUGCUUGAAGAGCUGAAAUUCAGUCCAGAUUUUUCACUGCCUUCGACAAAUUUCAAAUGUGAAGUCAUGAUGGACGUAAUACAAAAUGGCAUCAGCACCUCCAGUGAGAUACUGCCAACAGAAGAGCAGGCUUGGAGCACAGUUGAAACAGAUCUUUGGCUGUCAAAUCUUCAACAUCAAUGAGACAUGUAUCACAACUUCAUGGAAAAGCUUUGACAAAGUCUGGAACAAGGAGAACAUGUGAAGUGAAAAUUCAACAUUGAAGAGAGUCUCGUUCCAGUUCAUCAAUGCCCUGUAUAAUAUCUAGAGGGGCACAGUUCUGCUGAAUACCUCUCUUUCACACGGCAGUAGUCGUCUGUCAAGUAUGCCCCCUGUCACCUGUGCUGUUCAACAUUUUUCUGCAGAACAUUGUGCGUUAAACCCUUCAUCAUGCUUUCACUUUCAUCGGUGGAAUGCCGAUUUGCUAGCCUAUGCUUUGCAGGCGACAUCAGUAGACAUGUACUAGACCUAAAUACAGACUGACAGAGAGUUCAAACCCACGGAAUGGAGACCAUGACUGACAAGAGAAAACUGAUGGACACAGAAAAACAAAGCCCUAUCUAUAUCAACAGAAGUGGUAAGUACCCGGUAUCCACCCUCUGACAGAUACCCUCAUGAAGAUUGCAACAGCAACAGCGGAAAUGGCUAGAGUAGACAGGAUGUAAACAAACACACAGCUAUAACUUCUGUGAUUUGUAGGAACUGUUCACUGUCAACCCAGAGAGGUGGGUUUCGUCCCUGUCUAUCCAUGUUCUCACCACCGUUACUAGUCAAGGACGAAUGAAUGAAUUCCCAAGCUAUACAAUGUAGAAAGAGUUUAGACAAGCAUCGCUAAGGAUGCCACAAACAAAUUUAGAAACAAAGGUUUGGUUGGCGCACGGCUGGAAGGUAAACAAGCCAAGAGUAGAAAUGUUUACGUAUAAAUGAAAACACCAGUGACUUACAGAUGAAAACAAAUGUCGGCCAGUUUGCAGCACAAUAAAACACGACUUGGCAGAUUUUCUGUUUUAAACAUAAAUGUGAGAAUCCUUCACUCUAAUCACGUGCCGUGAUUCUUUUUUACAUUUGCAAUAAAUCAUAUUCGAUAUCUUUCAGAUGACUUUUUUUUCUUUUUGCAAGUACGCAAGCUUCGCAUGACUGUACCCGACUAAGGCCCUUUCUUCGAACUUUUGACCAAGUUCAGCGAAAAUUUUUAUAUAACAGCCUCGUGCAAAAAUUUUUUAAUGAAUCCUCGUUAAGCGUUUAUUUAUCCAGUUAAAA